UUCACGAUCUCCAUCUCGAAGUCGGAGCGCGGAGCGCAAACGAGGGUUGAGUCGUGAGUCUCCCUCUCCGCCCGCUCGACGACCUCGGCGAGAGCGCAGUACAAUCAGCCCCAGACCCGUGAGAAACCGAUCAAUGUCAUCGAGAAGGGGUGGAAUUGAUCCUCGCGACUCGCGGCGGAAGCGGAGAUCAACGAGAAGCCUAUCAACGCGGUCGCCAUCGCCUGACAGACGACCAACUACCAAGCGGCGCAGGUACUCCUCGUCUCGGAGUCGUUCCCCAGGUCACAAAAGACAACCCCGCAGCAGAUCCUCAGGUUCAGAGUCAUUGCGGAGCUCUAGGUCUAGGGAUCGAAGUCCCGGGCACCGUCCGUAUCGUGGCCGUGCAAACUCGAAGCCUCGCAGUGGCGCCGGAGGCCGCCGUGAUAGUAGCAUACCACGCUCUCCAGACAACGAGACCCGCAACAGAAUGUCAGAUGAAGAGGAGCAAGAUAGCAGUAGAAAGGGUCGUCAAGUAGAUGAUUUGAGCGGGGGCAGGAGACGAGGCUCAUCGCUCGCUUCGUCGAGAUCAGCCGAUCACUCUAAAAGAUGAACCGUACAACCAUGGCCAGCUUUUCCGCAGGCUGCACCUGUUUCAACAGAGGUGGGUGAUUGUCUUCCCAGAAGCGGUUGAUCCUCUGGAGGUCUCACUGACACUAGCCACUCAGAAGCGAUCAGACGCAUACGGCCAUGAUGGGCGGCAUCGGCACAGAUGGCUGGCUGUUUGGCGAACAAUAACCCGAUCAGAAGAUGACAUAAAC